AUGUCGACCGUGUGCACCAUCUCUGGCACCCCCAACCUCUACGGCCUCGGCAUCCGCGUCUCGUUCUACCUGCUGUGGUUCUUCGUCCUGCUCGGCGAGCGCUGCCACAAACGCCACGCCCAAGUCCCGCGCGCCGUCGAGCUGAUCCUGGCAUAUGCCGUCUUCAUCGGGCUGGUCAUGGCUGCCUCGGCGGGACGCCUCUUCGCCGCCGAGGUGUACGUCGCCCUGCUCCUGAUCUCAAGCACCGUGUACCUGCUCGUUCCCAGGCACAUCUCCGAUCUUACCGCCUGGAUCUGCCCAGGCAUGGGCCUAGACACUCGCCGCGGCGGGUUCGACUUUGCCGCAGUGGUUCGCUACUUGUUUGUGUUCAUCGUCAUCAGCUUGAACCUGUGGUUCUGGGGUGCCGGUGUUGGCUCGCCUUCCAUAGACCGGAACCUGAGGGCACCCAGAGGGAGUGACCCGUGCCAGCCGCCACAGCCGGUUGGCUUUGCGUUUGGGCCGGUCGAGAUGAACAGUGGAGGGUUCCGCGCGUUAAACGUUCUCCUCAUGCUGGGACUUCUCACAGGCAGCGUCCUCAUUUGCGCUAUGAAGGCAGGGCUUAUCAAGAGGAAGAGAUCCAGAAGACGGAGAAGAGCCAACCGCCUUCGCAUCGCAGUACUGCGAGAGGUUGAGACCUUUGGCGGACUGGCAGUCGCAAGCGUCCUUGUCGCCGGCAUCGAGUUGACCAUCCAGUGGAACGGGAUCUCAGGCGCGGUCAACCAGGUGGCGGCCGCUGCCCAGCUGAUCCCCCUUGGAAUUGUUAUAGCUUUGAUCCUGGUUUUCCUCAAUGACCUGAGGCACGGUCGAGAGGGGGAAAGCACUGCUGGCGGGAGCAGCAGCAGGAGCACAAGCGGUAGGGGCAACGGCGGCAGCACCGGCAGGAGAGGUAACCGGAACAGGGGCGUCAGCAGCUCAGGGAUAACAUCGGCCGGCCCGUCAUCGCCCCCCGGGGCUUGGGGUGGCCCUGGCGGGUAUCCGAGGUUAUCCAUGGCCUCCUCCAACCCCUCCACCUCCUCCUCGGCACCCCUCGCCCGUUACCGUCACCGUUCACCCUCCUUGGUCCGGUCCUCCUUCACCGCCUCCGCCUGCUGCUCCGCCUUCCACUCACCCUUCAGCUCCUUCUCCGUCCGCUUCUCCCCCCGAUUCUCUGGCGUCUACCGAACUUUCGGCUCCUACUCCCCCUCCAUCUCCGGCCGCUCCCUCUCCUCCCGUGAUCUAGAACGCGAGACCAGCGAAAGACGUCCAACACCAGAAGGAACUCCAAUCACGGCCGAACCGCCAGCCACCCCCGAACCCAUCACUACACCGAAACCUCCGCAUCCUCCCUCACCACCCGCGCCACCACGACCAGCGGCAACUGGGGCAACAGCGCCCGAGACCUCACCAUCUCCGUCACCGAGCGCGCCCAUUGUUAUCAACGUGUCUCCCACCCGGAAGCUCCGCCUCCACGGACCGAGAUCCAUAAGAAGCAGCUGA